ACAAGGCCUUGAACAAGAAACCAUACCACCAUCUAAGAGAGCUGACAGCAUGAAGGUCCUCCUGCUGCUAGCAGUCUCAAUCAUGGCCUUUGGCUCAAUACAGGUCCAAGGGAACAUUGGGCAGUUUGGGGAAAUGAUUCGGCUUAAGACAGGAAAGAGAGCUGAGCUUAGCUAUGCCUUCUAUGGAUGCCACUGUGGCCUGGGUGGCAAAGGAUCCCCCAAGGAUGCCACAGACUGGUGCUGUGUUACUCAUGACUGUUGCUACAACCGCCUGGAAAAAAGUGGAUGUGGUACUAAGUUACUGAAAUACAACUACUCCCACCAAGGGGGCCAAAUCACCUGUUCUGCAAACCAGAACUUCUGUCAGAAACAGCUGUGUCAGUGUGAUAAAGCCGCUGCUGAAUGUUUCGCCCGGAACAAGAAAACCUACAGUUUAAAGUACCAGUUCUACCCCAACGUGUUUUGCAAAGGGAAGAAGCCCAGAUGCUGAAAAGAGCCAUCUCCUGAAACACCCGGACUUGUGCAUCUCCCAUAAUACCUCUCCCAGCCCCACCAAGUUUCCCAGUGAUAAAGAAAACACCCCUCUCCCACCCUAGUGGCAAGGUGGGGGCCCUUCUCUCUUCACCCACAAUGAGACCGAAGUCUCCUGAGUCAGACUGACCUUUCCCCACCACUCCACUACCUUGAAUCUGUCUACUUCCACCUUUCUCUUGGCAUCCAACUUCCUGCUUCGUACCUAAGAGAGUCCUGGGAGGCUCUCACAAGUAAAGCAAUUCAUCAAACAA